AUGACAAUGGUGCUCCCAUGCAGGAUCCUCACAACACAUAUGAAGAUGAAGGCAUUCGAGAAGCUCCCAUUUGCUUUUCCUACCCAAGAUAUACCCUCAUGGAAGGCUACUCAGUGGUGUGCCGCUGUUCUUUCUGCACUGGACCCAGUGAUAUAUGACUGUUACAGUAACUCAUGCUGCUGCUUUGUGGGACCUCAUUCAGCCCUCGAUGCCUGUCCUUACUGUGGGCAAUCAAGACAUGAUGCUGCUGGACAUCCAUGUUCGCAACUUCCCUACCUACCACUCACACCGUGUCUAAAAGCAUUUCUGGAAUGCCCAAACAUGGCCAAAGAGAUGCAAUAUCAUGUCAGCAAGCACUCCCAUACACCUGGCUUGAUGACGGACAUCUUUGAUGGUGAUCUAUAUCAACAUCUCUGCCGUACACCAGUCUCAAUUCACGGGUGGAAACUUGACCAUUUGUUCUUCUCCAAUCUGUGGGAUGUUGCACUUGGGCUCUCAUCUGAUGGCUUUGCACCACACAGAUGUCAGAAGAAAACGGCCUGGCCGCUCAUCCUUUUCAACUACAACCUACCGCCUGAGGUCUAA